CAGACUGGAACACUUGCUAGCUGGAGGGAUUAGCUGAAGGUGACCGAAAUGUGGCCAGAGUUCUGAGUUUCCCAUGGAUUUAGGACUGACAGUCUGAGGAUGAACUUAAAUCAGCUGGACAGAAACUGGGAGGACACAUGCUGACUGACAAAGGACUGACAUGAGUCGGAGUCUUUUUGCAGAAUUGACUGAUCCAUUCAACUUCAAACAGACUCAAGAGUGACAGUACUGGGAAGUACUGAGAAGAGGAAAGGGAGUGAGUAAUGAUGCUCUGAGGAGGUACACAUUCAGAAAACAGACAUUUUGUGCAUUGCCAGUUUCAUAAAUCCCAUGUUAAGUCAGAUUGCAGAAUCAAUCUUUAACCAGUUGAAGUUAAAAAAUAGCUUGUUUAAGACCAUGUAGACAUUGGAAAUUAAAUAUUUACUUUAGGAUUGAAGGAAUGAAAGGGGCAAAGUCACACAGUAAAAUAAUUCCAGCAUUUCCUGCAAUAGUUUAGUGUGCAUCUAAAACCUGGCUGAGUGAUUCUGUGGCACAAGGCUUCUUGGUUAAUGAUAUGACUUCUUUUCUACGCGGGGUUUAUCAUCUAGCUGCAUGGCUCCUAUUUUUCCUGCCCGUCUGGACGCUUUCUGAAGGGCGGAAGUUACUGGUGAUACCUAUUGAUGGCAGUCACUGGCUCAGCAUGCAACCAGUUUUGGAGCAACUUAACCAGAGAGGACAGGAAAUAGUAGUUGUUGCACCAGAAAUAAAUUUGUGGAUAAAUCCAUCAGCACAUUACACAAUGAAAACAUACUCUGUACCCUACACAAAGGAAUUUUUGGAAGAACAGCAUAAGACAAUGGGCCAUAAAGUGUUUUCACAACAACCUUUCCUGGAAAAAAUCACUUCAGCAUUCUCAAAAAUGAGAAACAUUACAAUGAUAUUAUUUCAUUCCUGCGAACAGUUUCUAGCCAACAAAGAGCUGAUCAAAUACCUAGAAGAAAGUAAAUUUGAUGCUGUCUUUAUGGAUCCUCUGUUUCCAUGUGGGCAAAUAGUAGCUGAACAUUUGUCCCUACCCUCCGUUUACUUCAUACGAGGAAUCCCAUGUGGUGUAGAGUUUCAUGCUACCAUGUGUCCAAAUCCUCCUUCUUACCUUCCAAGAUUCUUCACGGGCUAUACAGACCACAUGACAUUUAUCCAACGUGUGAGAAACCUCUUGGUCAGCUCCAUUGAAUUCUUGGUUUGUUAUCUUUUUUACUCACCAUAUGAACACCUGAUCAAGGAGUUCCUUCAUCAAGAUAUGACAGUGCCUGAGCUGUUUAGUCAUGCAUCUAUUUGGCUGAUGAAAUAUGACUUUGUGUUUGAGUAUCCUAGGCCUAUGAUGCCCAACAUGGUCUGCAUUGGAGGUACAAUCUGUGGUCAGCAAAAACCAUUAUCUCAGGAAUUUGAAGCCAUUGUGAAUGCCUCUGGCGAACAUGGCAUUGUUGUCUUUUCUUUGGGCUCAAUGGUCUCAGAGAUUCCAAUGAAGAAAGCCAUGGAAAUUGCCGAAGCCUUGGGGAAAGUACCUCAAACAGUUAUCUGGAGGUACACUGGAGAAGCACCACCCAACCUUUCAAAGAACACAAAGCUAGUCAAGUGGCUGCCACAGAAUGAUCUACUUGGUACGCCUGAGCAAGUGGGGGAGGCUCAUCCGAAAACCCGUGCCUUUAUCACUCAUGGAGGCUCACAUGGGGUCUAUGAGGGAAUAUGUAAUGGCGUGCCAAUGGUGCUAAUGCCCCUGUUUGGAGACCAGAUGGAUAAUGCUAUGCGGGUGGAAUCACGGGGUGCAGGAGUGACACUGAAUAUUCUUGAAAUGACUUCUAAGGACAUAGCUGAUGCACUGAAUACAGUAAUUAAUGAUAUAAGAUACAAGGAAAAUAUCAUGCGUCUUUCUGCCCUUCAUCUAGACAGGCCUGUGCACCCUCUCGACUUGGCAGUGCACUGGGUUGAAUUUGUGAUGAGACACAAGGGGGCACCACAUUUGCGGCCUGCAGCCCACGACCUCAACUGGAUUCAGUACCACUCUCUGGAUGUUAUUGCUUUCCUCCUGGCAGUGGUGCUCGUUACCACAUUCAUAUCUUUCGAAUGUUGCCUAUUCUGCUGUAGGAAAUGUUUCUGUAAAAAAGGAAGAGACAAGUCAAGCAAAUCAAAGAUGCAGUAAUACAUGAGGUCAGAAGCAGGGGAUGGGGUCUGCUCCAGAGCUUAGAGACUGGAAAGCAUCCUAGAUCUCAUUCUCAGGAUAUCCAUUUCUGACUACCAGCUCAGUGAUAAUUUGGAACAUCAGUGUUUAAAUAAGCCACGGUGUUUGUUGUUUACUCUUGAUUGUCUCAAUUAAUUCAGAUUUUUUUUUAAAGCAUUGAACAUAUCGUUAAAGAUAAUUCAUACAAUAAUGUUCUUGUUUAGUGGGUAGGUUAUUAAGGGGAAGACAGAAUUUCUGGGCUCCAUUUCCUACUAUGCUGAUGACUAACUAGGUGACUUUGGGCAAGUGUCUGCUUUGUGCCUCAGUUUUCUCAUCUGGGCAAUGGACACAAACAGGGAAAGUGCAACUUCUAUUAGCCACAUAUAUGGUACCAAUCACUUUCCUGUGUGGGUAUCUGAGCCCAUAUAUUAACACAAACAAUGAUUUUUGGAUUAAAGUUAUUACAUACGAAUGACAAGUAUACGUCAGUGAUAUAUUUCAUCCGAACUGAGCUGGCAGCUCUAGUUCUUGGAGGAAGGGAAUGGCAUCGAUUCUCAAGCAAUCACUAUGUGAAUAAUAUUUACAAUAUUCUGAGCAUGAACAAAGCUUCCAUUUGAAAGUGCUAUUGAGCCCCCACUGUCCCAGUGAAGCUUCACACCACAUGGAGCACUCUGUCUGGAGUGUUGAUGUCAGCUGAUUUGCUCUUUGUAAAUGAUAUUCUGUUAAAGAUGAAAAAUGACAAAUAAAUCCCAAAUAAUAGUAA